AUGUCCUCAUUUUUAGGAUCUCAAGUCUCAACCCUUGAGGCUCAGGCAGCACCCGGCUCGGACAGCAGCACGGGAGUUGGCGCAACUGGCGAGAGUUCUCAGCAACCCGAUAGCAGUGACAAGCAAGCUGCGCCAAGUGAGGCCCCAACCUACCAAGCAGUGCACCAGCAGGCGCCAUCUGGGGCCCCAGCCCAGCACCAGCAUGCACAGUCAGCCCACAUUAGGCAAAAAUCACCUUUUCGGGAACCAGGGCAUCCAUCAUUGGUGCUCUCGUUGAGAGUCUGCCCACAGUCUCUUUUCGAAGCUCGGUGCUUGGAAGACGUUUCCAGAAGUUGUCUAUCCAACGGUCAUCCAACAAUGGCGGGAGGACAGACGCACAAGGACCGUAUUGAGAAUUUAGAGAACAUGGCCAACACCAUGGACGAAAAAUUCUCAUGGUUGGAGCGGACGCUACAAAAUCUGACCAUCUUGGUGGAGCAGCAACAGGCGCCAAGGCGCAGUAGUAGCCGUUCAUCUUCCCACAGGCGACGAUCUGUUGCAUCAGCAAGCCACAAAUCUGAAUCGGGCUCUGAUGGUGAAUUCAAGACAGACGCACGAGGCGGCAAUUGGAAUCCCACAAGCACCAACCGGCCAGCCUUCAAACCACGCCUACAAUUUCCCACAUUUUCGGGUGAGGAUCCUAUCUCUUGGCUCAACCGUGCCAAUUUAUUUUUCAAGUCACAAGACAUGAGCAGCAAGGAAAAGGUGGAGUAUGCCGCCUAUUACCUUGAGGGCGAGGCGAGCCAUUGGUGGCAGUGGCUGUCAUGCACCUAUGACAACCAAGGCAGGGGCAUCCGUUGGAAGGAUUUCGAAAUGGAGGUACGCACCCGUUUUGGCCCUACCGGCUUUGUGGACUACGAUGAAGUCCUAUCAAAGAUGCGGCAGACAGGAUCCUUGAGGGACUACCAGCGUGAAUUCGAAAGGGUGGCCACACAAGUCGAAGAUUGGCCAGAGAAGGCCUUGAUCGAGGCAUUCAUUGGGGGCCUAUUUCCGGAUAUUGCUGCAGAAGUCAAGCUCCACCGACCCACCACGAUGCGCCAAGCAAUUGAAAUAGCUCGGCUGAAAGAUGAUCAACUGCGCGCCACGCGCAAGGCAAUGGCAUACAAAGGGCCAGCCAUGGCCGGAUCUAGUUCUGGGGCGCCCAAACCCAAGCCACCACUUGCACCACAACCCGCAACCAGCAAGCGCAUACCACCAGGCGUCAAGCGCCUAUCAUGGGACGAGAUGCAGAAGAGGCGUGAGCAAGGCCUCUGUUUCAACUGCAACGAAAAAUUCACCCCGGGCUACAAGUGCAAGGUGGCCCAAUCAUUUCUGAUCGAAGUUGAAGAGCCACCAGAGGAGGAGGAAUAUGAAGAGUCAGACCCACAAAUGCCUUAUGACAUGCCUGCAGCCAACAGCGGGGUGGAGGCCGAGGAUCUGCCAGAGGUGUCCCUUCAUGCGCUGGUAGGAUCCACUGGGCCACACACCAUGCGGGUGACAGAGAUGCUCAAGGGCAAAGUUGCCAGCCUGCUGAUCGACAAUGGCUCAACCCACAACUUCAUCAGCACCAAAGUAGCCCACAAGUUACAAAUUCUGACUACCAUCAUUGAGCCAUUUGAGGUAGUAGACAUAGUGCUGGGUGUACAGUGGUUGGCCCAACUGGGCAAAGUUAUCUUUGAUUACAAGCAGAUGGCCAUGGAGUUCACUUUAGGGGGCCGACAGGUUCGCCUAUCCAUGCAGCAGGGCACUCCUAGGGCAGUAGAGGUGAACGUGGUGCAGAAACUGAUUAGGGCUGGCAGUGAGUGCUAUGCCAUACAGAUAGCAUCACAGCCACGCGCAUCCGACAGUUUCCAAUCCACCGAUGUACCGCAGCUACCCACAGAUGUUCAGGUGGUCUUGGCUAAAUUCCCCACAGUGGUGCAGGAGCCUACAAACCUGCCACCAAGCCGGCCUUUCGACCAUCGCAUCCCACUCUUGGAUGAGCAACCCAUCAACGUUGCUCCCUACCGUUAUGCCCACCAUCAAAAAGAAGAAAUUGAGAAGCAAGUCAAGGAGAUGCUUCAGAAAAAUCUAAUACGGCCUAGUACCAGUCCUUUCUCAUCACCAGUUUUGCUAGUCAAGAAGAAGGAUGGGACAUGGCGCUUCUGUACAGAUUACCGAGCCCUCAACAAAGCCACAGUUAAGGACAGAUUUUCGAUUCCAGCCAUUGAUGACAUGCUAGAUGAGCUAGCAGGAUCCACCAUUUUCACCAAGUUAGACUUGCGGGCAGGCUAUCAUCAAAUCAGGAUGCACUCGGGAGACAUACACAAGACAGCAUUUCGCACGCAUCAUGGGCACUACGAGUACAUGGUCAUGCCCUUUGGCCUGUGCAACGCACCAUCCACAUUUCAGGCGGCCAUGAAUCACAUUUUCCAGCACAUGCUACGUAAGUUUGUGCUAGUAUUUUUCGAUGAUAUCCUGGUUUAUUCGAAGACUAGGGACCAGCAUUUGCAGCACUUGGAGCAAGUCUUGAGCAUACUGGCCCGAGAAAGUUUCUACAUCAAGCUGUCCAAGUGUGCUUUUGGGUAA